UAUAUAAAACAUCAAUAAUGCAGUAAGUAAUUUGACGACGACAAGCACAUUGUGGGGCAUUGACGUAUUGAAUAUCCAAUCGAAAUAAAGAGAUGGACUUUUUACUGUCCAAUCACAGUCAAGUGGGCGGUGCUGUAAGUUCGCGGGGAAAACAAGCACUAGGUGCCAAACUUAGCCUGCUUGCUACUGUGCUGCUUUUGGAAAUUUCUGGAAAGUAUAGCUCGUGAGCUGGUUAUCUUAUGUCGCCAGAGUAGCUUUAUAUAUAUAUAUAUAUAUAUAUAUAUAUAUAUUUAUUUAUGGCCUAUAUAUAUUUGUGAAAUCACCAUGGUUGACAUACUGAAUGUCGUUUUCCAGCGGUAUGGUUCACAGCUACACGCGUCAGGUGAUAUAAAGGUCUGUCCUCAACAGGAGAGAGGCACUUUAAUGGUGGGAGAUGAAAACAUCACCAGGUCUGUGUUACUCCUGACAGCUAUAACUGCAGCUUCAGAACUGGGAUUCAGAGUGAUGUUUCUUACACAAAAUCAAAUCCAGAGCCUUCCAGUAACUGUGCAAGAUUCAUUCACACCUCUCAAGCCUGACAGUCUGAAGAAAAUCAGGUUUGUGUAUCCCAAGACAUUGGAGGAUCUGAUGGAGGAUGUGGCGUCCCUUCACGAGCUGGUGCCUGAGACUGCACCACUUCCUUCCUUGCUAAUCGUAGAUGGAGUGGAGCGCUACUUGUGUGUCCAGGACAGACCACAGCAAGAUUGUCAGAGUACAGCUGCUCACAUCGUAGCCCUCCUGCAUGACACUGCUGCUUUCCUCGAGGACAGAAGUGAAAAAAGCCAGCAACCGGCAUGCAGGGUCAUUGUGUCCUAUCAGCCUGAGUGGGAAGGACGAGGAAGUGAUGCAUUUGCCCUGGAUUCUAUCCUCUCAGUCCUGGAGCGCUAUCUGCAGGUGAGGUGCAGCUUACACAAAGUUCUAAAUAGCGGAGAAGCACAGAACGAGUGGCUGCUGUAUCUUUCGGGUCCAGGACUGCAAGUUGAUGGCUAUGGUAAUGGAGAGAAAUGUUUGGGUUUGCAGUGGCGUGUGGUGAUGCAGCUUAAUGGCACACUGGAUUUCAAGCCAGAAAAUGCACAGAAAGAGGAGACCUCUCAGGUUCAAGAAUCUGAGUGUGGAAAUUAAAAGUGACUAUUUUCAUUACAUUAGUUAUUUAAUUAAAAAAAAAAGUGUUGCACACUCGGACACAAGACAAAAAAGUGGCAAGACAACACGGGCUACAGCUGGGUGACAUGAUGUGAUAAAUGAUGUCACAGUGUGCUUUUCUGAUAUUUCAUGGAUAUUGUUAUAUAUACAAUGAUCAGCCAUAACAUUAUGACCACCUACCUAAUAUUGUGUUGGUCCCCCUUUUUGCUGCCAAAACAGCCCUGACCUAUCAAGGCAUGGACUUCUCUAGAUCCCUGAAGGUGUGUUGUGGUAUCUGGUACCAAGAUGUUAGCAGCAGAUCCUAAUGUUAUGCCUCAUCAGUGUGUGUGUAUAUAUAU